AUGGCUUUGAAUUCACCUAGCGGAAGUUGCUCCAAGGUGCUCUUGCAUCCUCUGGUUAUUAUGCAGAUGUCCGAGCACUAUUCAAGAACCAAAGUCCAACAAGGCGCCGAUGUCAAAAAAGUAUUCGGAGCAGUUCUUGGUAAACAGAACGGCAGACAAGUGGAAGCGGUGAACUCGUUUGUAUUGAAAAUGGAAUCAGAAGAUAUGUCUCCGUCGAUUACAUUUAGUGCUGAUCACCUAUUGCUCAGAGCUGAACAAUAUCUAGAAGUUUUUCCCGAACUUCAAGUAAUCGGACUUUACUGUGCGGGUGAAGAUGAUGAGCUAACAACCGAAGAGAAAACAAUUCUCUCAAAGCUAACCACUGCUGUUCGUAAUGCAGAAAAGGCUGGACAAAUCGACGCAACUCUCUUUUUGAAGUUGAACUCGCUUACAGCUGGUUCGACUCGCAAACUGCCCCUCUUUGCAUUCGAAACCGAUGUGGCUGACGCCGAGAAAUACAGGCAAAUUGAGUGGGUUCUGGUUUCUGAAGAAAGCGAGCGAGUUGGUGUGAAUCAUAUUGCCAAGCUUUCCACUAAACACGGAAAGGAUGAAACUUCUGUGGGCAAAAAGCACGCAGAGGCUCAGGAUGCUGCGAUGAGCAUGCUUCAGAAUCGUGUUGAUCUUAUUGUUGCUUAUCUUGAAAAAAUUCAAGACGGGUCUCUGCAGCCUAAUUUCGAAAUCCUGAAAGAAGCAAAUUUGCUCGCUCAGAAACUCAAGACAAUCGAUCGCUAUGCUACAGAGUUUACUGAUUCUUUCGAAAAGGAAGAGAAAACGAUGACUGUAUUCUCCCUGAUGCCAAAGCUAACAACUCUUCUUGGAAAUAUGCAAAGCGUGUGGGCGAAGCUGUCAGCGCAGCGUGCUGAUCUUCUAUCUGAUGAUGGAUUCCAUGGAAAAUCAUCUGGUAGUCGCUGGGCUCACCCGCUGCGGUUCAAGUCACAACAUAUGGGUCGUGCGCAACAAGCAGAUGAAGACGAGUAUUUCGAUGAAGAGGAUAUGGAAAAUGAGAUGAGUGGGCCGCGUAGAAAGAUUCACGCAGCUGACUCACCAGCUGGAUUCAGAAGAAGACGUGCUCCGCCAAGAGCCAUGAAUGUUUCUCGAAACGCUCCAAACGUGCUUGCUCCAACUGGAACCGACGAAAUGGAGUUGUCUGGUCAAGAAGAAAAUUUUGGGCCAUCAAGCAGAAACUACGUUCCAGAAGCUCCAAGACCAUCUGUCUUAGGAAAUAACGAGUCCGAUGAAUCGAGUCAAGCUUCGUAA